ACGUUAGAGACCACCUCCUGGAAUGAAUCAGUAAGUGAAACCAAUUACUCCAUGGUGACUGAGUUUAUUUUUCUGGGACUCUCCAACUCUCAGGAACUCCAGAUUUUUCUAUUUGUAUUUUUCUUUGUAUUCUAUGCAGGAAUUGUGUUUGGAAACCUUCUCAUUGUCCUAACAGUGGCUUCUGACUCUCACCUUCACUCUCCCAUGUAUUUCCUGUUGGCAAACCUCUCCCUCCUUGAUCUGUGCCUCUCUUCAGUCACAGCCCCCAAGAUGAUUCUUGACUUCUUCAGCAAGCGCAAAGUCAUCUCUUUCAAGGGCUGCCUUGCUCAGAUAUUUCUUCUUCACUUCUUUGGUGGGGGUGAGUUGGUGACCCUUAUAGCCAUGGCCUUUGACAGAUACAUAGCAAUCUGUAAACCUCUCCACUACACCACAAUCAUGUGUGGCAAUGUAUGCGUGGGCAUUGUGACUGCUGCUUGGGGAGUUGGCUUCUUACAUUCAGUGAGCCAGUUGGUCUUUGCAGUGAACUUACCCUUUUGUGGGCCCAAUGAAGUGGACAGCUUUUAUUGUGACCUUCCCAGGGUCAUAAAACUUGCCUGUACAGACACUCACCAACUGGAUAUCAUGGUCAUUGCUAACAGUGGUGUGCUCACUGUGUGUUCCUUUGCUCUCCUAAUCAUAUCCUACACUAUCAUCUUAGUGACCAUCCACCGUCGUCCUGCUGACAGGUCCUCCAAGGCUCUGUCCACUUUGACUGCUCAUAUCACAGUAGUUUUUUUGUUCUUUGGACCAUGUAUCUUCAUUUAUGCCUGGCCAUUCCCUAUCAAGUCAUUAGAUAAAUUCCUUGCUGUGUUUUACUCUGUAGUUACACCUCUCUUGAACCCAAUAAUAUAUACACUGCGAAACAAAGAUAUGAAGACAGCAAUGAGACGACUGAGAAAGUGGAAUAUGAACUGUAAAAUAAAAUCUUAG